AAAAAAAAAAAACAGAAAGAUGCAAGCCCAAUUCCACCAUGAAUUAGCGAAAACCAGAACUCCCCAGCUUCGCACCAAAAAGAGGAAACAAUCAUGGCGGAACCGGUUUCGUCCUCCUCCUCUCCGAAACCCCUCCAACCCCCAAACCCUUUGAUUGACCCAUCAUCGGCGGCGACACCGACCUCGUCAACGACAGUGAACGCCAAUCCGACCCCGCCUUUGACGACGACGCAGACACCAGCAAUUCUUCCUCAAAACAGCAACCCCAACAAUCCCUCGCCGCAAAUCCCAUCCCCUUCUCCUCUUUCUCAUCCUUCUCCGUCUAUUGACCCUCAACAGCAACAACAGAAUCAGCAUCAGCAACAGCAAAUUUCGCAAAUUUCCUCUCCUCCCCUCCCUCCUCUCCCCCAACAACAGCAACAACCACACCAACUGUUACAGCAGCAACAGACACCGCAAAAUGUGGCAGCCAUGACGAGUUUCCAAAUCCAAGCACUUCAGAGAUCCACCUCCCUGUCUCGCCUCAAUCAACUUCAACAACAGCAGCAGCAGCAGCAGCAAUCCCAGUACGGGAACCUUUUGAGGCAGCAACCAGGGUCAUAUGGGCAAGUAAAUUUUGGUGGGUCACCUUCAAUUCAACAGAACCAGCAGCAGAAUCAACAAAUGGGUACUUCAAAUUUACCCCGGUCUGCUCUGAUUGGGCAUGGUGGCCAUUUGCCUAUGCUUUCUGGUGCUACAAAGUAUAAUUUGCAGUCCCAACUCUUAGCUUCGCCGAGGCAGAAAGCUGGGUUGGUUCAGAGUUCCCAAUUUCAUCCAGCAAAUCCCACUGGACAACCUUUGCAAGGAAUGCCACCAAUGGGAAUGAUGAGUCCACUCAACUUGACCUCACACAUGAGGGCCAAUGGAGCUCUUUAUAACCAACAGCUGAGGCAUCAACUAUCUCAAGCUCAACUCACAUCUCAUCAGGUUCAAAGCUUGCCAAGGGCCUCAUCUAUGGCAUUGAUGAAUCCUCAGUUAUCAGGGUUGGCUCAGAAUGGGCAGCAGGGUAUGAUGCAGAACUCUCUUUCCCAACAACAGUGGUUGAAGACAAUGCCAUCAAUAUCUGCUCCGGGAUCACCCUCAUUCCGGCUUCAACAACAACAACAACAGAGGCAAACACAGGCCCUUUUGCAGCAGCAUCUGGCUUCUUCUUCUCAGUUGCAUCAAAAUACUAUGGCUAUGAGUCAGCAGCAAUUGUCUCAGCUGAUACAACAGCAGCAGCAACAAAUGGUACAUUCUCAAAUGCAGCAAUCACAGCCACAGCAGCAGCAACAUCAGUCACAGCAGCAGCAGCAGCAACAUCAACAGUUGCAGCAACAACCACAACAUGUACAAGUGCAACAAUCAAUGUUACAUCAGCAACAGCAGCAGCAGUCCCCUAGGAUGCUAGGUCCAGCUGGCCAGAAAUCCCUUAGCUUGACAGGAUCGCAGCCUGAUGCAACUCAAUCUGGUACAACCACUCCUGGGGGCAGUUCAAGCCAAGGAACUGAAGCAACUAAUCAACUCCUUGGAAAACGAAAGAUUCAGGAUCUGGUUUCACAGGUGGAUUCACAAGGAAAACUGGAUCCAGAAGUUGAAGAUCUGCUUUUGGAGAUUGCUGAUGGCUUCAUUGAUUCUGUAACUUCAUUUGCAUGCACUUUGGCAAAGCAUCGUAAAUCAUCAACGUUGGAGUCCAAAGAUCUAUUGCUACACUUAGAGAGAAACUGGCGUCUGACUAUUCCAGGAUAUUCAAGUGAAGAGCGCAACCAAACAAAAACUUUGUCAAGUGAUGUCCACAAGAAGUGUCUUGACAUGAUACGUGCAUCAAUGGAAUCAUCUCAACCUGAAACAAAUGCAAAUACUCCGAAAGAGAUAACUAGACCUGGCCUUGUAAACCCAGUUAGUUCUAACCACCUAAUGAGACCUUCACCAAGCUCUGAGCAGUUGGUUUCACAAGCUGCUGGUUCACAAAUGCUGCAACAAAUGACACGUUAGUGAUGGAUAUAAGUUCCUGAUUCAUUAUUUGGUGCCACACAGAUUGCAUAUGGCUGUUGACCCUGUUGGUAAGUAGGAUUAGUCACUUCGGUUAUUGAAUUUAUUGUCUCUGCUUCUGUCCUGUCUCAUUCUCAUUUUACUUAGGAUGGUAAGCCUUUGUUUGUUACCUUUCCAGUUGUUCUUAAGAUUUUCUUUUUCUUUUUUGCUCCAUAUCUUGCUCUCAAAGUUCUCUUGGUAUCCUUUGAUGUUGACAUUAACUUUCUGGAAGUAACCACUUUUCUGAACUUUCUUCUUUAACAGUCAAGGUUAGUAACUUCUUUAUUUGAUCUAUCUUUGGCUAUAUAGUGCCCAUCUGUGGGUUUUCUCUGUAUUUUAUUUUGGAAUAUGAAAUUAUUAGACUAUAUAAUAGGGGAUAGCCUUCCCCUCCCCACAAUCCCUCCCUAUCUGCAUUGAGAAUAUGAACCUAAGAUCUCAGACUUAGAAACUCAGGUUUUUAACUACUUGAAAUAGCCUCUUUUGUGCGUGGGGUUUACCUGUGUGUUGCUUAGGAACUUCGUCUGGACUAUUCAUAGCAGGUCUCACAAAUCCACUCUUCCUGACAAUAUUCUUGUCUUCAUUUAUUUAUUUCUAUGAUCAGAGCAAAAUCUCAGUGUUUUCCAAAAUAAUAAUUUUCAAGAGUAGAAAAAUUCUGAUAAUUAAUUGUUAUUUCCACACUCCUUAUGAGUUAAUUAAGGACUGCAACUUCU